CUUGCUCCAGACAUAUUUCCUCUUCUUGUUCUCCUUCUUCCUUUUUCCCAGUGGAUUUAAACUCUUUAUGGCUCAAAUGCUGAUUCAUGUGAAUGCCCUGCAGAUUGGAGUCUCAGAGGCUGUCUGUUCAUGUUUGUUGUUGUAGUCAAACACAGUAGAAAUUGGAUACUUGAUUGUUGGAUAGUACUGUUAGAUCUGGUGUAAUAGAGUUUGUUAUCUUUUAUUUUGAUUUUUAACUUGAGAAUGAAUACCCUUGUUGAUGGCUCAAAUUUGAUCUCUGCUUUUAAUAUAUUUAGCUGAUUUUCUCAAAUUAGUUAGGAACAUUGCACUUCCGUGUGGUGUAUACGAUUAGACAUAAAAGUGGAACUAUAAUUUUCAUAGGCUUUUUUUCCCACCCGUAGCAAAGGCAGGUGUGUGAUGGCUAUGCUGAUCUGGGAAUGAUUAGACACCAUCUCCUGGAGAACUGCCGUUUCCUAGAGUAACCUUAUCCAGUUAAGUUUUACACCAAAGAUUAUCAAACCAUGACUGAGGUCUAUCACCAGCAUGGGCAUAUAUUGAUAUGAGAUCACAAAGAGGCAGUAUAGGUUCUAGUAUGUCCACCCCUUAAGGUAAUGCCCAUGUUAAACAUAUUCAUGAUAGUAAUUUUACAUUGCAAUGGGUUCCUUAUAUCGUGCGUGAACGUAAUUCAGCAUAACAUUGUACCUGAUAAUAAGUAGUACCAGAAAACAAAGAAAAGCAGAAGAAAAGUGUUGUAAGUGUAAGCCACUGAUUACAGCCAUCAGGGGUAAGGUGGGGAAAAGAUGGCCAGGUUGUGAUUUUCUACUCUUUGAUUCUUCCUUGUUAUUGCAUUUCAAUGUUUUGACUGUUCAGAGGAAUUACCUGAAACUUAUCCUGUCCAGUAUUCUCAAUUAUUAUUGGAGCUCCUGGUUGUUAUCAUAUCUGUUGGUGACCAAAAUUAUCCUGUCUGUCUUACAGUUGUGUAUUGGUUUAUGUCAAUGUUUUUCGUGAUUGAAAGCAUGCUACUCCUUAAAUAUGCAACCAUUAGAUGGCUAAUUUCAUCCAACACACUAGAUGUUAUUAACCAGAAGAAGUGCUGUUGUCUACAAGAUGUUUCCUGCCUUUUUUUGAUGUAAAGCUGAAUAUAUAAGAUUUGGUCCUUCCAGCAUAUUGGCCAGGAUGAAAGAGAGCUUGGUAUACAAAGAAUUCUUUUUCAUUCUUAACUAAGAAUAUGAUAGCAGGACUGCUUACAUCUUUCUGAUGCCUUUUAGACUAUACUACGAUAUAAAUAAUAUAAUCUUCACUUGUAAAAAAUUUUAGUCUUCAUGUAACAUAAUACUUUUUGUUGUUCCAUUAUGUGAUAAAGUGGUUCUUGACCUGCUUUUAUGGGAUAACGCUCUUACCUUAUGUCACACAUAUCAUGUCAUGUGUGGGAAAUUCAAUUUAAUAUUAUGUCAUGCUCUUACCUUAUGAUAUGUCACACAUAUCAUGUUCAUGGUAGUCAUACUUCUUUUAUUUACUAUAAUUAUUUCCCAGGCUUUAUCCAAAAAAAAAAAGAAGAAGAAAACACUCUUAGGAUUUCCCAGGCCAAUUAUAGUACAGGUUUUCUUGAAUCUCUUUGGAGGGACAUUGAUAUGAACAGACUCCACCAUGACCCUAAUGACGAUUUGAAUCUUGUGAUUAUAUCCCAUGGGCUAGCUAGUCGUGUCUUUCUGAUGAAGUGGUUCAAGUGGACGGUUGAGCAAUUUGAGUACCUAAACAAUUUAGGGAAUUGUGAAUUUCGAGUUAUACAAUUAGGACUUGGUGGCGAAUACAGUUUAGCAGUCCACCAUACUGAAGAAGAGAUGCUAGAAUGGGGACUCUCACCUGAAAUGAUUUCAGACCAAAAAUGGCGAGCUCAUGCUAACAGGAGUUCAUGGAACGACAAAUGCCCUUGGUACCUUGAUGCUUUCUUUGACCACCUAGCUAAUUCAGAUGAUGACGAUUAUGACGAAGUGAAAUCAAACUUCUCCGACUAGUUUAGUGCUGCUUUGUGUGCUUUUGUUCUGAUUCUUUACAUUAUAUAGCCUAGAUGAUUGAUUAGUUUGGUUAUCUUUUUUGGUAAGAUCCUUUCUACUUUCAUGCGGUAGUCCACUUUUGGGGCCAGAAAGCGUUUGUUUAGCAUUCGUUUUCAGUAACGUCAACUAAAGAGUUCAUUGUAAAUUUUAAACAAUUGUAAAUCAUUCUCUUAUAUCAUGAGCAAACUGUGGUUUGUUUUGACAGAGAA